CUCUCGGUGUACACCAAGAGCUGGUCCGGGAUGGGAAGGCUCGGGGUGUUCGGUGCCUUGUGCGUGUGCGCUGUGUUUGACGCGGUGCGUCCGCGGGGCAGCGGCAUGCUCUUCCCCCGGGAGUCCUCCUCCAGGGAGGUGAAGGAGCUGAGCGGGCGGUGGGACUUCAGGGCUGACAAGUCCCCGGGCAGGAACGAGGGCUUCGAGAGGGCAUGGUACAAAAGUCGCCUGGCAGAGACUGGCCCAGUGAUUGACAUGCCAGUUCCUGCCAGCUACAACGACAUCACCCAGGACCCCUCACUGAGAGAUUUCAUUGGCUGGGUGUGGUAUGAGCGAGAAGUGGUGGUGCCCGCCCGCUGGGUCGCAGAUGAAGGAACAAGAGUGGUUCUCAGAGUGGGAAGUGCUCACUAUUAUUCAGUGGUGUGGGUGAACGGGGUGAAAGUGACCGAGCAUCAAGGUGGCCAUCUUCCUUUUGAGGCUGAGAUAGGCAGUGUAAUCCGCAAGGACCCAACUACGCCGUGCAGAAUCACCAUUGCUGUUAACAACACUCUGACUCUGGAGACUCUACCUCCAGGAAUGAUCCAGUACAUGGACGACCAGACCAAGUAUCCUGCUGGUUUUUUUGUGCAAAACACCUGCUUUGAUUUCUUCAACUAUGCUGGGAUACAUCGCCCUGUAUUGCUGUAUACUACUCCUAAGGCGUAUGUGGAUGACAUCACUGUGAUGACUGACUUCUUGGAUAACACCGGUCUAGUCAAAUAUACAGUAUCAGUCCAAGGUGCUACCACAGCCACCCUGAAGGUCACUUUGACAGACAAAGAUGGACACUGUGUAGCCACCUCCAGCGAGCAAUCUGGGGUGCUCAAAGUGGUAGAUGUCAAGCUCUGGUGGCCGUACUUGAUGCACGAGAAUCCAGGUUAUCUUUACUCUUUGGAGGUUCACUUAAUGGCAGCCGAUGAGAGAUCAACACAGGAAGAUGUGUAUGCUCUACCGGUUGGCAUCCGCACUAUUAACGUAACCAGCAACAAGUUCCUCAUCAACAAUAAGCCCUUCUAUUUCCAUGGCGUCAAUAAACAUGAGGACUCUGAUAUUCGAGGUAAAGGCUUGGACUGGCCCCUGAUUGUCAAAGACUUUAACUUAUUGAAGUGGUUAGGGGCCAACUCGUUCCGCACCAGCCACUACCCCUAUGCUGAGGAGAUCCUGCAGAUGUGCGAUCGCCAUGGCAUCGUAGUGAUAGAUGAGUGCCCGGGAGUGGGCAUCAAGGACAUUCGUAGUUUUGGAAACGCCUCCCUCAGCCAUCACCUGGUCGUCAUGGAUGAGCUUGUGCGGCGGGACAAGAACCAUCCUUCUGUGGUCAUGUGGUCAGUAGCUAAUGAGCCUGCUGCAGAGAUGCCCCCUGCUGAAUUGUAUUUCAAGACCUUGAUAAAACAUACCAAAGCUCUGGACCCUACCCGGCCUGUCACUUAUAUCACAGACAGUAACUAUGCUAGGGACAAAGGGGCACCCUUUGUGGAUGUAAUCUGUGUAAACAGUUACUUCUCCUGGUACCAUGAUCCAGGCCACCUGGAGGUCAUCCCCAUCCAGCUCAACACUCAGUUUGAGAACUGGUAUGGAAAGUACCAGAAACCCAUCAUUCAGAGCGAAUAUGGAGCAGAUGCGGUGUCGGGGCUUCACAGUGAUCCACCCAUGAUGUUUACUGAGGAAUACCAGAAGGUAGUGCUGCAGAACUAUCACAAUGUGUUUGACCAGAAGAGGAAGCAGUAUGUUGUCGGUGAACUCAUCUGGAACUUUGCCGACUUCAUGACUGCACAAGGGGUCACUCGUGUAGUGGGGAACAAGAAGGGUAUUUUCAGCAGGCAAAGGCAGCCCAAAGCAGCAGCCUUCAUCCUGAAGGAGAGGUACUGGAGACUGGCAAACGAAACAAGCAGACUACCCCUUUGGACCAAGUACCCCUGCUUGCUCUGACACCCGCCACUGUUGGGGCACCCGAAUCAGGACAGGCUCGAUCCCAUGUAAGCACUAUGCCUUAUGGGAGAAUGCUGGUAAAAUUCAGUCAGUGUCUUCAGGGAAUUUAAUUAAGUACGUACAGUAUGGGACACUUCCUCAGAAAGCAGUUCAUUAUGUGAGCCUAAGAUCAAACCAUGAAACACAAGUUAGCUAUGCUAUUCCUGUGGUCUGCAUUUAUGAUCUAUGACUAAAAGGGUUUUUCUAGCAAUCUGGAACAUUUUUCUGAACAUAUAAACAAUUUGUGAUAUUGAUCAAAAUUAGCCUUCAGUUCUUCAGCAAUAGUGGAAUUCACAUUUUAGAAUCAUUAUUAUAAUUUUGAUAUGGUUUCCUUAGGAUCCACCUGAGUUAAGACUUGGGGAAUUUGUUUAGUUGUUUCGGGAUAUUCUCAUACAGAUAUGUGAGGUGGUGCGAUUUCAGUUGCAGUCAUAAAAGGGUAAAGUCAAAAACCAAUCAGUCCAAUCAAUCGUUUCCUCCAGUCAGAUGAUUUGAGCACAGUUGGCAGACAAAGGACAUAACAUGACAGAGAAAGUGUAAAGGAAAGGAGUUACCACACCAGCUCCUCUAUUGUUGCUUUUCUCUGUGCGUUUAAAGAAACAUUUUCUAUAAUAAGCACAACACUUGGUGUUUCAGCAGUUUGACAUAUCACCUGUAUUGGAAGGUGUUUUCAAAAAUGUAAGCCUCUGUCAUUUCUGUGCUUUGUAAGAGCAACAACAACUAAAAACACCCUAAAAACAAAA